UUGCUCACAAAACAACAAAAAACGCGCGAACGCAGCAGCACAAACAAAAUCUGUCACAGUUUUUCGCAAUAUAGUUUGUCUCAAUAUAGUUUGUCUCAAUAAUACUAAGUAACGUCAUGCUCUGUGAAGAUCAACUGAUGUCGGUGGACAACACACCAAUCAAGGGCUCCGUCAGCCUGAAUUCCUCAGCGUCCUCCAUUUCCAUAGAUGUGAAGCCCAUUCGGCAGAGCUGGGCCCAGGAGGUCCGUGCAGAGCUGGGGCACAGUGACGAGGCAUCCACUUCGCUGAACAGCAGCGCUGGCAGUAGCAAUGCCGACCAUGGCCAGGUAAUUGUGAAGAAGGAAGCGACAGAGGUAAAGCUGGAGCUUGAGGUUGGAGGUAACCGUGGGAUGGCAUUCGAGUUUCUGGAUGAUGUAAAUGAGGUAAAAUUUGACCGUCUGCUUAAGGAGGAAAAACUAAAGACCCCCUACAAACGACGCCACUCGCAGACGCCUCCGACGAAUGAAAACAGUCGCUCCAACAGCCCGAACAGCAGCUUGUCAUCCGGCAAUGGUGAUGCCAAUCCCAAAAGCAAGCAAAGCAAGUUCAAGGGGCACAAGGAGGAAAAACGCGUGCGCCACAACAGCUAUACAUCGUCGACGUCAUCAUCCUCUUCGUUCACCGAGGCUGAUCCAGCCGUAUUGUCGCGUCGUCAGAAGCAGAUCGAUUACGGAAAAAACACGGCCGCCUAUGAGCGGUACACUGAAAUGGUGCCAAAGGCCACACGUUCGCGUGAGGAUCCUCGCACGCCAAACAAAUAUGGAAAGUACAGCCGCCGCGCGUUCGAUGGCCUGGUCAAGAUUUGGCGCAAGAGUUUGCAUUUUUAUGAUCCGCCUACCCAACGCCGCGGCGAUGGCGAUUCCAAUUCCGACUCUGAUUCAGAUUAGGAAAACAGCAGAGCAGAGCAGAAAAGGCUUUCGAGUGGUUAAAUGUUUCAAAGGGGGUAAUGUAAUGAUUACUAAAAAUAAGUACAAAUUCUAUGAAUCUAACGCAUUAAAUUUACUAUUACAAAGGCGUCGUGUACAUAGAAUUGUUACCAUAUAUGUUUUGUUGAAUAAAAUGGCGUCUACAUCUUCAAAA